CUGGCGCGGAUCUGCCCCUACACAGAGGGAGUCAGGGUGGCUCGACCUCCGUAGCCAUGUGACACCUCCCCGCAGGAACGGGUGCCGACUUGGUGUCCGAUGUCCCGAGUGCCGGCGAGCCGGGCGGAAGUCCCUCUCCCGCCGUCGCGGGGCCGUCCGGUCAGCUGAGGGAGCCGGGCGCCCGAGCCUCAGCGGCGGUGCGGGGCGAGCCGCUGUGUGGUCGCUGGAGGCCGGGGCGCAGGCAUGAACAGGAGAAAUGGUCCUCAAGAAAGAGAAGGCACUGUGAGAUGAACGGCCUGUAGUCGGUGCUGUUUCCCCGAAAAGGAAUGGGAUGAAGGAAAAUAACCGUAUGUGGAGAUCCCCAAAUGUCUUGGCCACUCAGAGUUACUCUACUCAGUGUCUGGAGUGAUGAGACCACAAAAGCUCAACGGGAUCCCAAGCAUAAAAUGAAAGCUCUAGAGGACCUGAGCUCUUGCGUAUUCGAUGCCUGUGGGCAGGGCUCUGUGACAUUUGAAGAUGUGGCUGUAAACUUCACUGUGGAGGAGUGGGCUUUACUAGAUCCUUCCCAAAAGAAGCUGCACAGAGAUGUGAUGGAGGAAACCUUCAGGAACCUGGCUGCCAUAGGAAAAACACAAGAAGACCAGCACAUAGACAAUGACCACAGAUAUUCCAGAAGAAAUCAAAGAAAUGAAGUUGUAGAAAGACUGUUGGAAUAUAACAAAGAUAGUGAAUGUGAAGAAAUCUUAAGACAGAUUCCCAACACCAUUGUGAACAGGAAAAUUUCUCAUAGAACAAUGAUUUGUGAAAGUCAUAUGUAUGAAGACAACAUGCUCAUUGGUCAUUCAUCUCUUAAUGUGUCUAUGCCUCUUCAGACUACACACAAACCUCAUCAAUAUGAGCUAUGUGGAAAGAGACUCUUUAAGAUUGGGGAAUGUGAGAAAGCCUUCAUUUAUCCAGAAUGGUUUCUGAAGCGUGAAGACACUGACACUGGACAGAGUUCCUAUGAAUUUAACCAGUGUGAGAAAAUCUUCAAAAGUAAUGGCUGCAUUCAAAUACGUGUGAAUAAUGAAACUAGAGAAGAAAUAUGUAUGGAUAAGCAGCAUUAUAAUGCCUUUACUUAUCCUGAUUUUCUUCAGUAUGUUGAAAAGAUCCACACUGGAAAGAAACCCUAUGUAUGUAAACAAUGUGGGAAAACCUUUUCUUUUUUGAGUAACAUUAGAAGACAUGAACGAACUCAUACUGGAGAGAAACCAUACAAAUGUAAUAUAUGUGAUAAAACCUUCACUUGUUUAACUAACUUUCAAGAACAUGAAAGAACUCACACUGGAGAAAAACCCUAUUUAUGUACACAAUGUGGGAAAUCCUUUUCUUUUCUGAGUAACAUUCGAAGACAUGAACGUACUCAUACUGGAGAGAAACCGUACAGAUGCAAUCUAUGUGGUAAAGCUUUCAGUUACUUGACUAACUUUCAAGACCACGAAAGAACUCACACUGGAGAAAAACCUUAUGUGUGUACACAGUGUGGGAAGGCUUUCACUUAUUACUAUUCUUUUCAGACACAUAAACGAUGUCACACUGGAGAGAAACCCUAUGUCUGUAAGCAGUGUGGGAAAGCCUUCAGUUAUUACAAUUCUAUUCAGACACAUAAACGAUGUCACACUGGAGAAAAGCCCUAUGUAUGCAAGCUGUGUGAGAAAGCCUUUACUACUCUCAGUUCUCUUCGAUAUCACGAGAGGAUUCACAGUGGUGAGAAGCCCCAUGUAUGUUUGCAAUGUGGAAAAGGUUUCAAUUCUUCCAGUACCCUUCGAAUUCACGAAAGGACUCACACUGGAGAGAAACCCUAUAAAUGUAAGCAAUGUGGGAAAGUCUUUAGUGUUGACAGUUCCCUUCGAUACCAUGAGAGGAUUCAUAGUGGGGAGAAACCCUAUGUAUGUAAGCAGUGUGGAAAAGCCUUCACUCGGCACACCUCCCUUCGAUGCCAUGAAAGGAUUCACUGUGGGGAAAAACCCUAUGUAUGUAAGCAGUGUGGGAAAGGUUUUAUUUCUUCCAGUAACUUCCGAAAACAUGAAUCAACUCAUUCUGGGGAGAAACUCUGUGUAUGUAAACUAUGUGGUAAAGCCUUUACCGAUCAUAGUUCACUUCGAAGACAUGAAAGAAUUCACAGUGGGGAUAAACCCUAUGUAUGUAAGCAUUGUGGAAAAGGUUUCUCUUCUUUGAGUGGUUGUCAAAGACAUGAACAAAUUCACACUGGUGAGAAACCCUGUGUCUGUAAGAAUUGUGGGAAAGCCUUCACUAAUCCCAGUGCCCUUCGAAAUCAUGAAAGGAUUCACAGUGGUGAGAAGCCCUAUGUCUGUGAGCAGUGCGGGAAGGGGUUUAUUUCUUUUAGUAAGUUUAGAAUACACGAACGAAUUCAUACUGGAGAGAAACCAUAUAAGUGUAAACAAUGUGUGAAAGCCUUUACUGGUCAUAGUUCCCUUCGACGUCAUGAAAGGAUUCAUAGUGGAGAGAAACCUUUUGUGUGUAAACAAUGUGGGAAAUCCUUUUAUACUUUAAGUGAUUGUCAAAGACAUGAACAGAUUCACACUGGCGAGAAGCCUUACAUUUGCAAGCAAUGUGGGAAAGCCUUUACUCGUUCCAGCUCCCUUAAAAUACAUGAGAAGACUCACGCUAGAAGGAAUUCCUAAGUGUAGAACAUGGGAAAUUAUUCUUAACAUGGCAAUGCAGAACCAGUGUCAUGUUGUCUGAAGGAAUGCCUUCAGUCAUGUUGGCUGUGUUCACAGACAUGCUAGUACACACUAUAGUGAGAAAUCUUUUUUUUUUCUUUUUUGGUUUUUCGAGACAGGGUUUCUCUGCAGCUUUUUUAGAGCCUGUCCUGGAACUAGCUCUUGUAGACCAGGCUGGCCUCAAACUAUAGUGAGAAAUCUUAAAAGGCUGUGCAGAUGUCUUCAGCUGGUGGGACCUCUGAACAUUUACCCGGUAUCCAAACUUGUGUAACAAAGUUAUCAGCUAUGAAACAGUUUUCAGGAUUUUGUGAAAAUUCCUUAUGUAAUAGAAUUUAAUCAUAAUUUUUUUAAGAUUCUUGUGAAUAAGUUUGAGAAAGAAUAUUGUAUUAAUUGGUCAACAAUUGAGAAAAUAAGUCUCUGGAAUGUUUACCUCUAUUUUUUAUUCUGUAAAUAAUUUUUCAGGUGACCUCAUCUCUAAGGUUUCUUUAAGCAGUGAGUCAUGAAUUUAAAAGGUAGUCUCUUUUUAGCCAAGUCAUGUAUAUUUUCAUAUUGGAUCCAUAUGUAACACAAUGUGUUUAUGUUUUAGAGUAAUAUUAAUGAACUGUUGAAAUGAAGUUUAUUUGUAGAAUUUCUCUAUUGA